CUAUAAAGAAAAUGUCAAUUAAGUCCACGAACUUAAAUAUCGUCCAAUUAAACCCAUCAACAAUAAAAAAAGAGGCAAAUCAUCUUUCUAGUAGGUAUUCUUCCGGUUCCCGGUUGAAAUCACGUUUGUGGCAUCUGAUGUGGCAUAACUUCAUUUUCUUUCCUUUUUUCUUUUUCUUUCCUUCCUUUUCUUCUUUCUUUCUCAAUCCCCUUCUUCUCUGCACCUGCUACUUCUCCCCUCAUUUUCUUCUUUUUUCAUUCUUUCUCUUUCUCGUCCUUUUCUUUCUCUUCCCAGACCUGUUUCUUCCUCUCACGGUCGCACCCAUCUGGUCAACCUUUCCUCUAAAUCCGAGCAGCAGAGUCCUCCCAGCCACCGCUAGCCAUGCUCGCCUGGUACAUGGUCUCCAGAUUUAGACCCAAAUCGACACCACAACUCCCCAUCGUGUGCUACGCUUGCAUCGUUCGUCGUAUCCAUCCUUGUAUUGCGACGGGAGAUACAAAAUCGACGGAAAAGAAGAUGGAUCGAACCUGGCCGGAGACCUCGUUGCGGAAGACGAUGAAGUUAGUUGUCCAGAAGUAUAUUACGAUGGGACGAAACAAAAAGAAAAAAUUAAAAUCAAAAGCCAACCAAAGCUUACCUGGGAUUCUUGGAGCGGAUGAGAAAGCUAAAGAGGGCCGGCUAGAGGAGAAGACCGAACGAAAUAGGGAGAAAGGAAGAACCAGAAAGAAAAAAAAAAGAUAAGGUGUUCCACGUACCGCCACAUGUCGCCAUGUGUCAAAAUUUAUUUAGUAACUUGUUGGUUACCUGAUAAAAGCUGUUUUCAACGUUUUUUCAUAGUUCAGGUGUUUAAUUGGGCAUUUUUUGAGUUCGAGGACUCAAUUGACAUUUUGAGUAUAGUAAGAGGGCCUAUUUGACACUUUUCCCUACUUUUUAUUAUCCUACUCCGUAUUUUUUGGGCGUGCGAGAGACC